AUGCCAGCCUUCCGUCUGAACCGCAGGUCCGUGUUGCGCUGGGCGGAGCAGUCCCCGACCUCGGUGACCCUGCGCGACCUUUGUGAAAUUGGGCUCGACCGCACGCGGCGGCGCCAGCACGGGGUCUUCUUGCACCGCGAGCUGCAGAUCCGGCUGGCGCAGCGGGUGCUGGAGCUGGCCGCCCUGCCGUACAGACUUGGGGAGCGCCGGGGCAUCAGAGAUGUGAUUCAGUGGUACACUGACUUCGUGCACAUGCUGGAGGACUCUCCCGUUCCGCAUGCAGAAGAGCAGGACGAAGAGUUCACGAAUCUGCUGACGCGGGUUUUCGAAGAGCACAACGAAGUCAUCCAGGCCAUGGCCUUCGGGGUGCAAGAUCUCAUCGCAGAGCUUGAGGAGGAGUACAGCUCGGUGCAAGCAGAGGUGGACGCCAUCCUGCGGCGCUUCUUCACGGCGCGGAUCGGCAUGCGCUUCCUGCUGCAGCACCACAUCGAGUCCUUCAGGAACCGGGAGGGCCACUCCGGAAUCCUCCAGUUGGCCUGUGAUCCUGCAGUCAUCGCGCAGAAGGCCGCAAAGGACAGCACCAUGCUGUGCAGGGCACACUUGGGCCAGGCGCCCCACAUCACGAUUCACCACACGAAUCCGGGAACCUUCACCUAUGUGCCGAUGCACCUGCACUAUAUGCUCACAGAGGUCUUCAAGAACUCCUGCCGCGCGGUCACGGAGCGUCACGCGGACGGCUUUGACGACCCGCUGCCGCCCAUCCACUGUCACAUUGUUCAUGGGUACGAGGAUGUUGCGAUCCGGAUCAGCGACGAGGGAGGGGGCAUUUCCAGAAACGACCUGGCGAAGAUUUGGAAGUUCAUGUACACAACUUCCAGUCCUCAGCAACCACAAAGGAUGCUACGGGAGUCCAACGACUUGGACUUGUUUUGGGGUUAG